UAUAUAAUUGGUAAAGCUACACAGUCAAACAAGCAACCAAGGGCAUUUCAGUCAAAACAAGUUUACCAUUAGCGAAUAAAAAACAGUUAAUUUUAGGUAAGAAAUCUACACGAAAUAAACAAAGAGUUGGAAAGGGUCCGUUUAACAUUUUCUACAGAAUAUUUCUACGGAAAACCAUGGAGUUGCCGGAUAUUCCUUUUACCUCUGCAGAUGAUUUUUACGACGACCCUUGUUUUAAUACAAGUGACAUGCAGUUCUUUGAAGACCUCGACCCGAGACUGGUGCAUGUUGGUCUCCUAAAGCCGGAGGAUCACCAUCACAACGAGGACGAGCAUAUUCGAGCUCCGAGUGGGCACCACCAGGCUGGCAGGUGCCUGUUAUGGGCAUGCAAAGCCUGCAAAAGGAAGACCACCAAUGCAGACCGUAGGAAAGCUGCUACUAUGCGGGAGAGGAGGAGACUUGGCAAGGUCAAUGACGCAUUCGAGACACUGAAAAGAUGUACCUCCACGAACCCAAACCAGAGGCUCCCCAAAGUAGAAAUACUGCGUAAUGCCAUCAGCUAUAUCGAGUCCCUCCAGGCCUUGCUUCGGGUCGGACAGGAGGAGAACUAUUACCCCGUUCUGGAUCACUAUAGUGGGGACUCAGAUGUGUCCAGUCCUCGCUCCAACUGCUCUGACGGCAUGAUGGACUUUAAUGGGCCUUCAUGUCCCCCAAGACGAAGAGACAACUAUGAUCGCACCUAUUUUAAUGAAGCACCAAAUGAUUCCAGAACCAAGAACUCUGUAAUUUCCAGCUUAGACUGUUUAUCAAGCAUCGUCGAGCGAAUUACGACGGACACUUCAAGCUGCCCCGCAGUACAGGAGGGGUCCGACUGUGGCCCUUGCUCCCCUCAAGAGGGUUCUGUCGUUAGCGAGACUGGAGCACCCAUACCGUCUCCUACCAACUGCGUCCCGGCAUCGCAUGACCCCAACACUGUCUACCAGGUGUUGUGAGCAUCCCAUGGAUUCUGAGAGAGAAGCGCCGGGGAACAAAACUUUUGGAACAUUAUUGAGAACAAACGUAUUCCUGAUUUAGUAUGGAAUUUCUACGCCAUAGGUCAAUUGUUUGCCAUAGAUCGCUGGCUACGAGGCAGUGGUGAAGUUACCAGCCUUUGGCAAAGCGACCACAUUCUUAAAACAGCCUAAAUUAGGUCUACAUUGAAAUGUUUAGGCCUGUCAGCGAUGCUAUUGAUUCAGGAAUAGCAGGAAUAAGUGAAAUAAUCUUAAUAGCCAUAUUUUUGUUAUGUUUCCUGAUUCCAGUUGGUUAAAAUUGCCUUUUAUAGACAAAACAAUCCGGAAAAUGAGGACCAUUUUGUAUAUUUGUAAAUAAGUUGUCAGAAAAAAUUAUAUGCAGAAUUGUAUGCUUAUUUAAUAGCUUGUUCAAACGAAGGCUUGGAUUGUUGUGUACAAUGUUUAACUAUAGGCCUAUUUAUAAUAACAAUAUGAGUGAAUGUCAGCAUUUUAAUGAAUAAAUAUUUAUACAUAUGGCAUUUUCUGUCACUGGGAUGACAAUAUUGUUUUCCCUCUCUCCGCUUUUUUCUCAACAAAUGUAAUAGCAAUAAUUAUGGAGGUUGAUGUAAAAAAAAGGUGAAUUACCCACAUCAAACUGAACGUAAGUUGUAGUUAACUAAAAUAAGAACAUCUUACUGAACGUUAACUACAUCAUUUAAGGAUUGGCAUGGUUUAUUAGUAGUUUCUGUCUACUUAGACCUUGCAUGCCAGACCUUUUAAGGUUAUAGGCCUACUCGAUCGAUUUGAUACACUUAGACCUAUCCUUAAUUGGACGUUAUAAAAAUGUUGGAGGGCAUGUUAGAUUUUCUAAAUAUAUUGUCUCAUUGUCUUGACUUUUUAUUUGUUUUAACUCUAGGUCUACAAAACCAUGUGCUCCCUUAUGAGAUCAUAUACCAAAUUGUCAUGCACGAUUUCUGUUGAAAGGAGAUAUAUAUUUCUAAGCAAAACGUAAAAGAUCGUAAGACAAACUGAGGCGUCACCCUUUAUUUACAAAAAAAGUCAUAAAAACCUAUAGGCCUAGUCAGGUCUUUAUGAACACCAUAAAGAAACUGACUGACUUCAUGA